AUGCCUGACAGCCCGGCUCAGAUGAAGCCGCCUCCAGGCCAUUUCUAUCUGGCUGGGCGGGUGUUCCCCCGGAAGCAAUGGUGGAAAGACAAGAAUAUGAGAACAUUGUAUUUCUUCAUCCUUGUUCUGAUAUUCACAAACACUGCAAAUGGAUUCGAUAACUCUAUGAUGAAUGGUCUCCAAGCCAUAUCCUACUGGCAGGAUUACUUCGGUCAUCCCCACGGCUCAACCCUCGGUCUUUUCAACUGCGUCAUGAGUGCAGGUGCGCUGAGCGGCUUGAUUCCCAUGCCUUUCAUUCUAGAUCGUCUGGGACGGAAACCUUGUCUGGUGAUAGGAGCCUUCUUUAUGAUAUUGGGAAUUGCCUUGCAGUCGGCUGCGAUCAACUUCGCCAUGUUCAUCGCGGCGAGAUGGAUCCUGGGUUUUGGUGAUAUUCUGGUAAUCUGCACAGCGCCGUUGUUGAUUGCAGAGAUUGCUCCUGUUCAAGAUCGUGCAAUUCUCGUGACUAUCGCUGGCGCAAACUACCAAUCUGGAGCCUUCAUCGCGGCUUGGACCACAUACGGCACUCUGCAAAUUCAGAGUAAUUGGGCUUGGAGAGCUCCCAGUCUCAUUCAAGGUAUUUUCACCUUACUCAUGAUCGCUGUCGUACCAUGGAUCCCCGAAAGUCCGCGUUUCUACGUUGCCCAAGACCAACCGGAAAAGGCCUUGAAAAUAUUAGCACACUACCACGCGAAUGGAGACGAGCAAGAUGAGGUCGUGCAGCUCGAAUAUACCGAAAUCACCACCGCACUCGCCAUGGAAAAGAAUGCUCAAAAGUCCUUCUCAUUCCUCGACUUCUUCAAGACUCCCGGCAACCGGAAGCGUUUGAUCAUGAUCGUCUCGAUUGGUCUCUUUUCGCAGUGGUCUGGAAAUGGACUUGUCUCAUACUAUCUGACAACUAUCAUGAAUAACAUCGGAAUCACGGAUUCUCAGACACAGCUGGUGAUUAAUGGAGGCUUGACCACUUUCGCUCUCGUGACCAACAUCAUCUUCAGCUUCUUUGUCGAUAGAUGGGGACGUCGAAACAUCAACCUGAUUAGCACAAUUGGCAUGUUGAUCAGCUUCGUCAUCUGGACUAUUCUCUCCGCCAUUAAUUCUCAGCAAGAUAACGCCAAUCCAGCCUUUGGGAAAGCUGUUGUCUUUAUGAUCUUUUUCUAUUACCUAUGGUAUAACCUGAAGUCUGGUCUCAUUGCUAGCUAUACAACGGAGAUUCUACCAUAUCAUAUGCGUGCAAAAGGUUACACUGUGAUGGAAUGGGCUCUUUACGGUGCGCUCUUCUUCAACCAAUACGUCAAUGCUACUGCACUUGAUAGCCUUGGCUGGAGGUAUUAUAUCUUCUACUGCUGCUUCCUGGGUUUCGAACUCAUCGUCGUUUACUUUUUCUACGUGGAAACUCGCUACGUACCAUUGGAGGAGAUCGUCAAGUACUUUGACGGCGAUGACGUCGCGGCUGUUACAAAUGAUGAGUUUGAGCAUGAUGCGAAGCGCGGAGUCGUGCAUGUGGAUGAUAGUAACGCUGCGUAG